AAAGAAGAGAAAUUCUGAAACAAUUUAUGACAGUAUUAACAUGAUAACGUCAAUCAUUUUACAAGUUACUGCAUACAAACAUUAAUUAACAUAACUGUGAUUUUGCUGAUUUAUUACUAGGCAUUAUCAUAGUAAAAUAACUUUUACGUGAAAUCAUACUUGAAAUCAAAUUAAAUGUCCUGUGAAAUAUCCAGAUACAGAGAUACUGCUCGUACAACAACACUUAUUUGUUGUAUUGAAGAGUAAGCUCUUGUAUUAAUAUUAUACUUUAACAGGAUGCAUGAUUGAAAAUGGAGCUGACUCUGAAAACAAAAAGGAGGUCGAUAGAUUACUAUGUCUAGUGUUUUAGUAUGAACCAGCAAUAGCUGAAUAUCACAAACAUAAAAGAGCUGGUGGUGGACUUUGAAGGGAAAAGGAGGAUCUGAAUCUGAUUAUUAGCCAGGCACAGGAGGCAACAGUACAUCAGAGCAGAUGACUCGGAAAGUGUGAAGAACAUUUUGGUAAAUUAUGAUUUUUUUCCCCUAAAAUAAUUGAUUACUGUACUCAUAUCAUAAGACAUACUGUAAUAAUGUAAUCUGUAGUACGUCAGUCUGUCCAGCAGCAGUGUUUUUCACGAUAGAACAUGCAAGUCUAUUGAAUGAACGCUCAGACGCCCGUGACGUUUUAGCGCAGUGUGUGGAGUUUUCAGACGGUCCCUUAAACACCAUACGUGAAUAUCUAACGAAUAUCGAACUUGUAGCCAACUUUACCUCGCUAAAUAGGCGGUGGUGACGCGCCGAGGGUCCAUAACAGUGAGCUGACUUGAAGUUAGUCUUGCGAGGAAUGUUGUUUCAGUGUAUCAGCGCUACGACUGUGAUUUGUCCAUUGCGUCGGACGUUUUCUGAAUUGUAGCUGCACGACAAUGCAGAGAUUUUUUACUGCAACUUCAGGCGGCGGACGGGCGCGAGGGCGCGGGCAGCGCAGUUAUCCUGUGCGCAAGUGUCAUUCUGCGUGAAUAAUCCGAAACAACUGCAGGGAUGCCUCUGAUCAGCCUGGACGACGAUGAUCAGAGAUGGGUCCCCACGCAUGUCAAUGUGACCGUCCUUCGAGCUAGGGGUCUGCGGACGAAGGGCAAGCAAGGCAGCCGCUAUGUUUACACUAUCAUCCAGGUCGGCAAGGAGAAGUACACCACCGGCCUGGUGGAGAAGGCAGAGGAGCCGCAGUGGAAUGAGGAGUGCUCGUUUGAGCUGCUGCCCGGCAUGCUGGAGGCGGGAGGGAUGAGCGCCUACCCGCCCGGGAGCAGUAACCUGGUGCUCACCGUGAUGCAUCGGGUGCUCAUCGGGCUGGACGUGUUUCUCGGUCAAACUAUCGUUCCCCUGGACAAAGUUUUUCAGGAUGGAAUGUGUCCUAGAAAUGAGUGGCUCAAGUUGCAUUCCAGGGUUGGUCGAAAAGAGAAGGUGCGGGGUGAGCUGCAGGUGACUGUCCUGUUCACACGUAACAACAUGACCGCCAGUAUGUACGAUCUGACAGUAAAGGACAAGCCUCGUUCGGCUUUUGGGAAGCUGAAGGACCGCGUCACAGGGAGGAAGAGAGGGGAUGUGGAAUCCUCCUCCGCCAUUUUACCUGGCCGCUAUGCCGCCCUGUCGGGGUCUGUAGGUUCGCCCUUUGUGGGAGAUGUAGGACCGGAUGAACCGUGUGAGGAGGAGGGAGUUGAUGAACACAGGAGCAAGGUGAAAGAUUUCUUUCUGAAAGGAAAACUGCGUAAGAAUUCAAACACACGAUCCUGUUCGUCAUUGGCGUCAGACAGUAGCAUAGCGUCAUCUGCCGGUGAGCCGUUUGUCCCGAUAGAGCUGUCCAGAACUCCCAUCUACAGCCCCAGAGUGAUGGAGCCCUACCGCGUGGACAGUGAAGGAGCGAUUAAAGUCUUUGCAGAUCCUAAAGUGAUGACCCACAAGCGUGCACACAGCGAUGAAGCCAGCAAGAUCACAGGUGUUCCUUGGCCUAGCACUGCUGUGGAAACUCUAAAAGGCCAGAGCAUGGCACUUUCCAAAUCCACCCUCUGCAUCAACGGUAGCCAUAUCUACUCAUCUGAGCCUGUUAGCCCCAAAAGUCCAGGCAACCUCCCAGCCAAGCGCUCCCUUCUGGAGAAAUGUGCACCCCUCUCUCGCUCUCUCCAGAACCUCACCAGGCGUGGUGAGGACUUACAGAAGAGUGAUGGGAGACGCUGGUCCAUUGAAAAGGGCAAGAAGGAGGAUGGGGUGGUAGAUGAAGCUAGAAGCCAGACCCAAGGGGCUACCAUGUCAGAGGGAAAGCCAGUGCAGGCCACGGGAACUCAGGCAGCAUCUUCUGGGGUUAUGGAAGUGGUGGAUAAAGGAAAAAAGCUGAGGAAAACUCUUUUUUCUAGUGAAAGGAGCGACCCUCUCCCAGCCAAGCCGGAGCAGAGCCAGGUUUCUGCUUCGCUUGAGGGCAGACGGAGAGGAUGGUUUGGCUCCGGUGACUCCCAGAACAAGCCAAGGCUGGGAGUCUCUCCUAAGGUAGAGAGCAGCUCAGACACCCCCUCUCCCCACCUCCCUUGCUUGCCCAAUCAGCCCCCAAGUUCUCUCCCCCUUGAUUGCACUACCGCCUCUGUGUCUCCCCCAAGUGUUAAUCACACCAACCCAUUCACCCAUCCAUCUCCAUCCCAAACACCCCUUUCCAUAUCUCCCUCCAAUCCCUUUAUCACACGACUACAGCAAAACCCGUUUUUUGAGGAUCUUGUAGCUGAGGAAACGCUGAAGUCUCCCACUGCUGGUUAUCAUUACCCAACAAUCCCUGUCGGACCUGGCCUCCCCAGCCCCCUCCGUAAUGAACUGCAGAACAAAAUGUCCGCAAUAAAGCUAGAGAGACCCAGGAGUAUGGCCAGGCAGAGGUCACUCCCCGCUAUCAUGCCCAAGACACCAGGCACACCCACCAACAUCUCGAACACUCAUCCAAACAACUCUCUGUGUGAGAGAGCUGGGGAAUGGGAUGAUUUUGAGGCAUUUGCCACCAGCCGGCUAAAAUCGCCAGUGGGAACUCCAACUACACCGCCGUCAGCACCGUUUCUCUCACAGGUGCCAAACACAAACCAGAUGGUAUAUGAAAGUCAUAAACCAAACAUUGGUUUGAGAGUUGAUGAAGUUGAUAUGGCUGUUCCAAAACCGUGGGAUCUCCCUCCUCUACCACCACGAAGAUCCACGAGGACCCAAAUUCCAGCCAGGGAGAGGUGCUCUAACAGCUGGUUGGAUCGAGCCCAAGAGCUGGCUGUGCAGAAAGAGGCCUGCUUCCUCUCUCAGACGGACUUUGCCUCCAUGCAGCAUGUGAGAGAAGGUGACAUGAAGAUGAACUCUCUAAUUUUAUGUUCAGAUAAAGAGCCUUUUACAAACUUGCAAAACAUGACUUCAGUAGGAUACAACAAGAAGUGUCCUUCAGUGGAAACAGAGUUGAAGAGUGGACUGGAUGGAUUGAAAGUUGGGGAAGAAAGAAUUUUGCCAGAAAGAGGUUGUCCUAAUUUGACCGGACCCAUGUUUGAUACGAACAACAUACCUUACAUUUCUCCGAAUGGUUUUGGCGAGGACACACUUGGAAGUUCCUUCCAUUCUGAAUGUGAGUACACAGUACCUGAAACACUGUGCUUCCCUUCUGACUGGGAGACCACAGUGACCGAAUCGCUUUGCAGUUCCCCUCAGACCCAACCAAAACAUGAUCUGGACUCUUCCUGUGAAAUAGAUCCAAUGAAAAAGGCCUCUUCUGAGCAACAACACAAGACUAAAACUAGCAAUGACAUUGGCUUGUUUACCCUCUCCCCAAGAGAUUCAAACAACAAUACAAAUUCUUUAGAAUUUGCUUUCAUUGAUUCUGAAAGUUCAACAUCGGAAAUGCAACCACAAUUUGAGAUUAACAAAGACAAUGUUAAAGCAUUAAAACAGCAUCAAAACAGUUUUUCAAAUGUGGACUCUGGGAAUGGUGCGACUCUACCCAGGUACUCACCAGGAUUACCUGAGGGUUUAAUGUGCAAAAUGGCAUCUGAGUUGGAGAUGUUCUCACCAAAGAACACUUGUAUCAGUUACACCAAUAAAGAUAUCACAUCUAAUGUUUCUGACUCACCAGACCUUAAACAUUUGGAUUGCUCAUCACCUUAUGGGAGAUCAUAUGAAGGACUGGGAGAACAGGAAGUUAACUCGUGUGAACACACAGAGCAUUGCAACACCACUUCAAAGUUACACUGUGAGUCUUUUAACAAAGAGAUCUCUGUGAUCACACAAACAUUUAGCAAUGGCAACACUGUGACAAAUCAAAUCAAACCUGAGGCAGCAGAGGACAAUGGCGUCUUACAAGCUACACAUGAUGGUGGGGACAUCCUGUCCAGUAUACAGACUAAUGUUAAUUCAGAAGAAUCUGAGGACAUUAUCCUGACCUCAGAAGUUUGCUUCUCAAAGACACUUGAGAUUGAGGAGUCUUCUUUGAUUCAGGACAAACGAAUCAACUUUGAGGACUUGCAUGCUAGAGUAGCUCCAAGAAGUUCCAGAACCCCUUAUAAAACUGGUGUGAGAUCAGCUCGCAUCAGACCACGCUCAACCACAAGUUCACCCAAAACGGUCUUAAGCGCUGACUUGCUCCCAGGAUCUCCGAAUCCUCAAUUAUCUUUAACAUCGGACCUAAUUUUUCAUGAUCUUUCCCUUUCACCCACUCCAUUAGCUGGCACGAAUGCCUGCCUCCACCCUGACCCUUCCCUUCCUAUGAAUACCCCAAAAGAGAGGCCCAGCAUAGGUUCCACCUCCUCCACAGCCCAGCCCCAGGUUGAUGCACGGCUCCCCCUCUCACCUGAGGAGACACAGCCAGCCAACAUCCUCCUGCCCCAUGAGGAGAGCAGCCCUCACCUAGUGAAGCCCUUGACCAAUACAACUGUACAGGGAGAGAAGAAACCAGAAAGCCGCUCUGUACUGGAGAAACUCAAGUCCACCAUCAACCCAGGACGAUCUGUGCCUCCGACGACUGCAGAGGAUGAGAAAAAUCAGUUGGCUCUUAUGGAGGCCCGGGCUCAGUACCAGAACAUGACCAACAUGGAGCUGAUAGCUCUGCUGCUGCAGCAGGAAAUUGAUGUUAAAAAGCAGCGUGCUGAAUCUGAGGUGCAGGUGGCCUUGCUGGAGAAACGGGAGGCUGAACUGAAGAAGAUGAAAGUUCAGGUCCGAGAUCUGGAGGACUACAUCGACAAGCUGCUGGUUCGCAUCAUGGAACAGACACCCACCCUGCUGCAGGUACGAGCCAGACCGAAAUGACCAGGGUGACCCGUUCCAUCAGAAGGCACCUCAUACUGAUAUAGUAUGAGGCCAUUAUAGCCAUUUGUGAUGCUCCAUUAAAUGCCAAAACUGCCAGACUCAUGUAGACACGAUAAAGCUUUGCAUGCUUCUUAUUGGAUAUCCAAGUCCACAAUCAUUUGUUAAUUCUAGAAAAGGCAGUGGAAAGUACAAAAUAAAAUAUGCAACUAGAUUUCAUGUAGAUGUAAAUAUUCAUGGAUCUACACAAAUAUGUCUUCCUGUUCAUAAAUAUCAAAUUUCGUAAAAGGACAUUUCUGGGAUCUUCAAUGGAUUAGUGUACCAGAAUGUCUCUAAAAUUUCAAAAAUCCAUAUAUGCAAGCAAAAGGACUGCCUAUAAAAAUUGGAGGUAAAGUAUUUGGAAAAAAAUCAUAAAAUAAAGGCCAAAAAUCUCAGAUCUAAUCUGUCAGUCAUUUCUCCAAUCUGAUAGAUUUCUCAUACAGAAUACAUAUCCAUAUCUCUUGCCAUUAUUGUUUAAAAUGUAUUGCAUAAAGUAAUAUAUCUGGUGUUAGAAUUAAUCUCAAUGCUUAACACUGUUGAAAUCCUGAAGAUUUCAAAGAUUUGAAAACAUGAGUAAUAUUUAAUACAUAAUAUGUAAGACACCUUGUGUCAAAGUUGAUGUAAAAUAUUGCUUUCGAUAAUAUUCUUCUGUAAUUGUAAAUAAAUAUCUUAAUUCUUGAUAGCUUUCAAAAGCACCUUAAUGCGCAUUAUGCAACCUUGUGCUUGAACUAGUCAGCUUUGCCACAUUGAAAUCACUGAUAUCAGUGCAUGCUCACUUCCAUCAAGCUCUCGCACAAAAGCAGAGAUUGCCUCUAAGAACAUGUUAGCUAUGCAAAAACACAACUUGCUAGCUGUUAAGUUAAUAUAUGCUACACAAUUUUAGGAAUGGCGCCUUUGCCCUGCUGCAUACUUAGAUCAUUGCUGAAGUAGCAAAUUUAGCGAUAUGCAAAUGCCUAAGAUUUUUAAACCACAAAAGCUUUUUUAUUUAAGUUAAAUAAAGAUCUAUUGUUUAUGUUUUACUGAAAUGUAACUACCUUGUGUUAGUGUGGCUUUAUGGUUUUCUCUGUUCUGUUCAUUCUGACAGUGUAUUUUACCAUUGUUUUUUAAAGUGUGAUUGUAAUUAAUCUUUUUUUCUUUUUUUGGUUGAGAUGUCCUUCCAUUUAUUCUGUGAGGUUCUGUCAUACCAGAACAUCAGUUUUGUGUGUCAAGGUUGGAAAGUACAGGGCUGCGGUUAAAAUUGUUGACUUAGUGCAUCAAAAGAGCCUGUGUGUGAUGUAUUUCACCCCAAAAUGGACUCUGAAUCAAAAUUCCAAAUUUGCUGUGUUUUAAAGCAAACAGUGAGUGUUCCACUGUGUUCCAGAAGAGAACCAUGUAGCACCGUGAUUCUAGAUUAUGUUGUUUAUUCAUUUUAAUCACCAUUUUGCAACAUGCCUCUGUGAAUUUAUUCACAUUUGUAUUUUCUUAUUCUGUUUUAUUUAUUGCUAAAUAUUUCAAGCAGGUUCAUUUUCAAAGUUAUUUGAAAAUAAAGUUAUAAAAUAA